CCGACAAUCAAAUAUUUGGUAGACUAGCCGAAAUUGACCCGGAAAUCCGCGCUUCGGAAGCUUCCAAUGUUUAGAGCUCAAAAGUUCGAAAAGCUCCAGAUCUUUUUGCGCCUAAUGUGUACUUGAAAAGUAUCGAGGGCGGAAUAUGCCUCCUCGAAUAAGUCUGCAGCCCAUUGGGCGCCGCAGCUCGGUUUAUCUAAAGAGUCGAGUGACUGAGAGGAACUCGGUCUGUUUCUUUUGCUCGCUCUCCGGCCAACCCAGCGCAGGACCGAGUCGCCGCCCGAGACGAAAAUCGCAGAACCCUCGACGCUUUGUCUCGACUACCGCGGCUCGCACGACUAGCACGGCUGCUAGGAACCCCGGCGUUCUCGAUCCUCGAAAGGAAUUAGAGGAAACUCUUCUCGAACUCGAGAAGCAUGCACCCAAUUACAUAAAUCUAUCCCGCCUACAGUUAGCUCUCAAUGGCUUGCGGCAAUCGCCAGGCGAUGAGUCGAUAAGGGUUGCUGUAUUAGGCCUCUCAGAUGGCUCCGAUUCUAGCGAGGUCGCAAAACAGGUGCUAAAACUUCUGCUCGCCGAUCCGUUGAAGGGCGAAGAAGAGUGGGAGAAAGAAGUCGCGAAGCAUGAUCUGACACGGCCCAUGAUCAUACGGGUUGGGGCGGACGUGCCUAAAGAGCUCGAGUCCAUAUCAGUCGCCACGAAGGGGAGUUCGUUGCAUGAGGUCAAUGUUUCGUCCGCAACAUUGAAUGGGCAUAAUCUGGAAUUGUUGCUCAUGGAGACGAAUCCUUUUCUGUCUGCACAAGAAAUGGGAGCUCUGAAAGGGUCCGAGGAAUCGGUGCUUGUCCCUACGGUCGACAUUCCCACCUCGGAUACGGGCAGGCAUACUCCUAUCACAACCCCGGUGCAUAAAGCUUUGAUCGUGGCAGACGGUCUCCUGGGUGCUGCGUCGGUAGUAUCGAUGUCCCCGCUAGAAAGCCCAAGCGUAAUCACAGCUGCGGUAAAUCUGCCCGAGUAUAAAUUGUCGGCAGAUACUUCCCCUUUGCCGUUUACCCCUAUUGACAUCGGAGUUGCGAGUAUCGGGCUGGGCCUUGUUCGCAAGGAUCUAAAGAACGCCAUCGAGUUUGAACACUUGUGGUUUCAAAGUAACAUCCCGAAGUUGGUUGAGUGGUUAAAAGCCGAUAUAAUGACUUCGCCUGAAGGCACGACUAAGCCACCUGUGAAGGAGCUCAUCGGCUCCCUACUAAGGAAUACGUCCGCAGCCAUAGAAACCGAAGAAGCCCGCCAAUUCGGCUCCUCAUUAUCCCCUACUACUCCCAAGUCACUUCAGAAUAGUCUUGAUGAGUGGGCAGAAAGCGCGCAUACAGAAUUACAGGAACAGCUUGACAUAGCAUUCUCCAGUAAACGAUGGCGCAAACUAGGGUGGUGGAAAUUAUUUUGGCGUGCAGACGACGUGGGUAUGCUUACGAACGAUAUUCUCAGUCAAAGGUUCCUCCUAGCAUCGGAAAGAAAUGCCAUAUUUCUUGCCGGAAGGAUGAAAGAAGCCGGCAUUGCCUUAGGACCCUUCCCCAACCCCUACGCCGCCGACGAAAACGGCGCUGAGUCGAAACAGUUGGAGAUCCAGGCGCCUGCUCCAGCGACAGCCCCCUGGCCCGUGAACAUCCCCGCAACGAGGCGCUACCUCCAAACGAAAACAAUACCCGCUUUACAAGCGCUCUCGCAAAAGCUGAUAGCGCAGACGCUGGGCACGUCGGGACUUACCACGGCGCUAGGCGCGCUAAUCUACGUGAGCACGCUGACCACAACGCUGUACGAAGCGGGCGCGGUUGCCGCCCUGGGCAUCGUGUGGAGCAUGCGGCGCAUGCAGAAGCAAUGGGAGACCGCGCGGGCGUUCUGGGAAGGCGAAGUGAGGGAAGAAGGCCGCAAAGCCGUUCGAGACGUCGAAGGCGUGGUCGGCGACGCGCUAAAGCAAGGUCGUACUCCCCAAGACGAGGCUAGGGGGAAAGAUGAGCUGACUAGGGCUAAAAGGCUGAUAGAGCGGGCGCAAGAAAUCUUGAGCAAGUUGAAAUGAGAUAGGGCUCUGCGCUGUAUGAAUAACGACUGUAACAUUGAUCAUGAUACCAAUAGACGCAACACCACACACCAUGUUGUCAAUAUGAAUUUGCAAGGUAAAUUUCUUGUAAAGCGCUGAUUGAACCUAUAAUAGUCAGGGGUCAUCAAAUCAAUAUUGGCUAACAUUAGACUCCAUUCUACCUAUGUAGGUAAAUAUUUAGAAAACAAAGAGUUCGCAAUAUUCAUCAGGUGUUACUAUCCA